AUAAUCCUUCACAUAAACAUAGAUAUACCCACAAAAUAUUCAUAGUUAUACUUAAAUAGAUUAAUGAUAAUUAAGUUACAGACGGAAAUGGGAGUUGCAAAUCAUUCCUCGGAGCUACCACAUAGAAGAUUUCUAAAGGAAAUUACCGCAAACUACAAGGUGAACCAACCCAGGUUGGCGACAGGGAUGACUUAUUGGGCCGCGAAGUGGCUUUACACCAGUUAUGGGAGGAAUUAGAAGAGCGGCUUCGAAUUUUACAACGUGAAACGCAUCGUAAUAUUAGGUUCUUCGAUAACAAUAUUCAUGAAAGAGAAAUAAAUCCCCGUAGGCAUUAGUAUUAAAAUAUUAAGAAAUAAUUACACCUUCGUUCGGAGUACAAGCAAUAAGAGAAGUAAGCAGCAAAUCAAAAUAAACAUAUUAAAACUAACAAAAAAAAUCCUUGCAGUUUAACAGUAAAAGGACAAUGGACAAUCCCUGGCUCCCAGUAUUCCGCCCUGCAAAUGGAUCAAUGGGAAGUCCCAAUUACCACUCCGAAGAGGAACGAUUCAACAGCUAUCAAAGAUGGCCUGAUUCACCUGUUUCUCCAAGGCAAUUAGCCGCCGCCGGAUUCUACUAUCUCGGAGACGGCAGCAAUGUAAGAUGUUUUUGUUGCGCAUUAACCUUGGGACUCUUGGAUGCAGGGCGUGACCCACGUACAGAGCACCAACGUUGGCGACCUACUUGUCGUUUUAUACAGAAUCUCCCUUGCGGGAAUAUACCCCGUGUUGUUCCUGAAGGUGUAUUCGAAAUUGGUCACCAAGCACCAACUACAGAUGUUGACUCAAUAUCCAUUCAGUUAGACCAAGUCAACCUCAAUAGACCUGCGGGCCCAGCAUACAAGAACUAUGUGAGCUACGCAGCUAGGUUAGAGACCUUCAAGGACUGGCCUUUAUCGAUGGCACAAACGGAAGAAGAAAUGGCCGAUGCAGGGCUCUUUUAUUCGGGCCGUAGUGACCGAGUUAAUUGCUUCCAUUGCGGAGGAGGGCUAAGAGAAUGGACCCCAGAGGAUGACCCGUGGGAACAACACGCUAGAUGGUAUAGUUCUUGUCACUAUGUAUGGGCAGUAAAAGGCCAAGCAUACAUCGAAAGCGUGACAAGGAAGAUAAUGCAGAAGGAAGAAGAAGAGAAACUUAAACAGACUACAAACGACAAUGUCGAAGAAUCAAGUGAACCCCAGGACCCUACAACGACAACAACGACAACGACGGAGUUAAAGGGAGUACCUGAAGCAAAAAUAUGCAAAAUUUGUUAUGUACACGAAUUAGGAGUAGUUUUCUUACCCUGUGGUCACAUGUUAGCUUGCACCAGAUGCGCUCCGGGGUUAACGCAAUGCGCCGUAUGUCGCGAACGUAUUUUAAUCUCAGUCCGCACUAACAUUUGUUAAUUUCCUUUCCUUUAACAAUUUCCAUAUAAUUAUAAGAAGAUAA